GGCAGCAGAGCACACCCGGCCAGCUCGCGUCACCCCACGUCAGAGCGGAUGCCCAGCCCCGUGACCGUGACCGUGACUGUGACCGUGACCGAAGGCUGCACUGGGGCCGCGGUGAGACAGGAGCGAUGGGGGAGGAGGAGGCGGGGGUGCGGCCCGAGCUGGUGCGCGAGGCGGAGGUCAGCCUGCUGGAGUGCAAGGUGUGUUUCGAGAGGUUCGGCCACCGGCAGCAGCGGCGCCCACGCAACCUGCCCUGUGGCCACGUGGUCUGCCUGGCCUGCGUGGCCGCCCUUGCGCACCCGCGAUCGCUGGCCUUCGAAUGCCCCUUCUGCCGGCGGGCCUGCAGAGCCUGUGACACCAGCGACUGCCUGCCGGUGUUGCACCUUCUGGAGCUCCUGGGCUCCACGCUUCGCGCGUCCCCGGCUGCCCUCAAUGCCGCUCCCUGCGGGCCCAGGGUGCUCACCUGUCACCACGCCUUUGGCGGGUGGGGGACCCUGGUGAACCCCACGGGGCUUGCACUGUGUCCCAAGACCGGACGGGUCGUGGUCGUGCACGAUGGUAAGAGGAGGGUCAAGAUCUUUGACUCCGGAGGAGGAGGUGCACACCAGUUUGGAGAGAAGGGGGACGCAGCGCAUGACGUGAAGUACCCACAGGACGUCGCUGUCACUAACGACUGCCACGUGGUUGUCACCGACGCUGGCGACCGCUCCCUCAAAGUAUUUGAUUUCUUCGGCCAAAUCAAGCUGGUUGUGGGAAAGCAGUUUUCCCUGCCUUGGGGUGUGGAGAUCACCCCUCAGAACCAGGUCCUGAUGACUGACACAGAGGCAGGGACCUUGCACCUGCUGGAAGUGGACUUCCCUGAAGGGGUCCUUCGGAGGACUGAGAGAUUGCAAGCUCAACUCUGCAGUCCCCGUGGGGUGGCUGUGUCUUGGCUCACCGGGGCCAUUGCAGUCAUAGAGCACCCCUGGGCCUUGGGGACAUCAGGCAACAACACACGGGUGAAGGUGUUCAGCGCCACUAUGCAGCUGAUUGGCCAGGUGGAUAGCUUCGGACUGAACCUCCUCUUUCCCUCUAAAAUAACUGUCUCAGCUGUGACCUUCGAUCCCCAGGGAAAUGUGAUUGUCGCAGAUACCUCCGGACCAGCCAUCAUAUGCUUGGGGAGACCUGAGGCGUUUCCGGCCCUGAAGCCCGUGGUCACACACGAACUUUCUCGUCCUGUGGCACUGACCUUCACCAAGGAGAAUUCUCUUCUUGUGCUGGAUUCGGCUUCCCACUCUGUAAAAGUCUUUAAAGUGCUCGAGGGUAAUGGAGGGUGAUGGGGACCCGCGGUCCUGGAGUUAGAAGUCCUGGUGUCCUUAGCAGUGAAUUGCACCCUGCAUGAGUCACUGUCCCUCGUCCAUCCUGGCAGGAAUAAUGGGACCUGCCUGGCCGAAGUGCCGGGUGUGAGACAGUUAUUGAAGACUAAUAAUUAAAUUUGUCAUUUAGUGAACGUCUGUUCCCGCUGUUAAGAAAUGAGCAAGUCUUAGCUCGUGGGCUCCUUAACACGAAGAGAUGUGAUUUCUGUUAUUAGUCCCAUUUCAGAGAUGAGAAGGCAGAUCCAGAGAAUUUCGUAUGAUGUCCUCUAGUCGUUUGUACUGGGACAGUCACAACUGAACUCAUUCUGACUGCAAACCCCUUGCUCUUAAAUAUGAUGCCAGAUGUUAAAAAAAAUGUGAGUAUGUCCUAUGUAUGUUCCCCCUGCACGUAGCUAACUGGUUAAGUGCACCAAGAGCCAAAAGAAAGGGGUCUCCGUGGAGUUUUCAGGAGGAAAAGGAUUGUGUUUGGGUGUCAGUCACCUUUAUCUGGGAGCUUCCCCAAUGGCAGAGUAGACAGAUUAUUACUGAUCCCAAGACUUGAAUAAGAAACACAGUUGAAGUCUUGCUUAUAAGGCAAAGGUAGUCUAGUUGCUCUCCAUAAAACCCUGGGAGGAGACUGUGUGCCUCCUCUACGGAUCCUGUCUGGAGUCUAGUUGGUAGUGUGUGCCAGUAAUCCCAGCUUGAGAAGAUGUGGAGUUCGAUGCCAUCGACAGCCACCGAGUUUGAGGCUAGCCUGGGCUACAUGACAUUCUGUCCUUUUUAGAUAGGUGCCAGUGUUUCCUCCUCCACAGGCACUGGGUACAUCCCUGAGUGAUGUUUGAGCAAAGCCUCCAGAGCCACUGCCUGCUAGUGGCAUGGACAGCUGAGACUCUUCUGUUAAUUAGGAGAUGCCCUCCCAGCACGUUCAUGGCAGGAAUGGUUUUGUUUGCUAUGUGGUCCUCUCUGCCGCCUAAAGUCCUUUGUGAUGGGAGUUUUCUCUGUGCGCUUUAAAAUGUGGUUCUGACACUGUCUGCUCAAUAAACAGUUGCCUCGUC